AUGAGCACCUUAAACUCCACCACCGAAUCUACCCCCGACAACUCCAGCGCCAUCUACGGGUACUACAACACCACAGAAACUUUCUACGUACCGUACAACGAACGACCCGAAACCUACUUCGUCCCCAUACUAUUCCUCAUCAUAUUCGUGGUGGGCGUCGUCGGCAACGGCACCCUCGUCGCCAUCUUCAUCAAGCACAAGAACAUGAGAAAUGUGCCCAACAUGUACAUCCUUUCCUUGGCCCUGGCCGAUCUGCUGGUGAUCCUGACGAGCGUGCCCUUCACGUCGAUGAUCUACACCAUGGAGUCGUGGCCGUGGGGCGAGCUCAUAUGCAAGCUCUCCGAAUUCGCCAAGGACAUCUCCAUCGGCGUGUCGGUGUUCACGCUAACCGCCCUCUCGGCCGAUCGGUUCUUCGCCAUCGUGGACCCGCUGAAGAAGUUCCACACCAGCAGUGGAGGCCGGCGGGCUACCCGCAUCACCGUGUGCACGGCCGCCUCCAUUUGGAUCCUGGCGGUGGUUUGCGCCGUCCCGGCGGCCGUGGCGUCGCACGUCAAAGGCUUCCCGGACUAUCCGGAUUCCAGGUUCUUCGUUUGCUACCCGUUUCCGGACUGGUGGAAUCAAACGUAUCCGCGCGUAAUGGUGGCCAGUAAAUUCCUCGUUUUCUACGUCGUACCGCUGACCAUAAUAGCUGUGUUCUAUCUGAGCAUGGCGGCUUCGUUGAUAACGAGCACCAGAAACGCUCCGGGCGAGAUGCAAGGAAUGCACAGACAGAUAAAAGCUAGGAAGAAAGUAGCAGUAACGGUACUGGUAUUCGUGGCAGUAUUCGCCGUGUGCUUCGCCCCUUUGCACAUCUUCAUGCUAUUCUUCUACUUCCAUCCACACGCCGAGGAGCUCUACAACGAAUUCUGGCACUACUUCAGAAUAAUCGGCUUCUGUCUGUGCUACAUCAACUCCUGCGCCAACCCCAUAGCGUUGUACUUCGUCAGCGCCGCGUUCAGGAAGUACUUCGACAGGUACUUGUUCUGCAAGAAGCUCACCAGGACGACGUCGCACAGCUACCCCCAUCAAAGGGCCACCUCCAUGUCGCUGAUGUCACCGAGAAGGCCCCAGUCGAUGGUGAUGAUGCGGGGACAUUCGCGUUCCGUGCAUCUGCGCUUCGAUCCUGUGGUGAUACAAGAAACUUCGGUGACUCUACUGGGUGUUGGUAACGAUAACGCCUGUCACGAGCUCUAA